AUGAUAGACAUCUGGGCGGACGAUGCUUCUACUGGUGAAGGCAUCGAUUUGUUGAUUGGAAAUGAUUUAUACUUCUCAUUUAUCAGAAAGAGUGUUGAUUUGGGAAAUAAUACUUAUCUGGUAGAUUCUGAUUUUGGUUGGUUCCUCGCAGGAAGUGCUACUAACAACAGAGAAAGGGACAUUCUAUCAGUUGCUACAUAUUGCCAGUGUCAUGAAAUCAAUCAAGACUUUUUUACAGAACCAGAUCUUCAUCUGCGUACCAUAGAUGUCAAAUUUUUAUGGUCACUUGAGAGCAUCGGGAUAUGUGAUUCUCCAAAAACUACAUGUGAGGAAGAAGCCGUGCAGCACUUUAACAAUACUGUCAAAUACAGUGAAGGACGGUACCAGGUCAAGUGGCCGUGGAUAGAGUAUCCACCUAAAUUGCCUACUAAUUUUGGACUUGCCUUUGGAAGGUUAAAGGGUGUAUUACGGAGGUCAAAUAAAGAAGUCAUGACAGAGUAUGAGGAAAUCUUAAAGGAACAGCUUGAAGCGAAUAUAAUAGAAGUUGUGGAUCCUACCAUUCCUGCUGACCAUCCAGUUCACUACCUACCUUUUCAUAUGGUUCAACAGAAGGGAAAAGGAGGCCGGCUGGUCUACGAUGCUUCAGCUAAGCUAAAAAACGAGAAGAGCUUGAAUGAGUGCUUAUACAGAGGUCCGAACAUGUUGGAAGACCUUACAGGAUUGGUACUGAAAUUUAGAAUUGGGAAAAUUGCUAUCACCGCCGAUGUUGAAAAGGCUUUUCUUCAGGUUGGUCUACAAGAAGAGGACAGGGAUGUGACCAGGUUUCUCUGGGUCAAAGAUUUGGAAAAGGAGCUAACUGAUGACAACAUCAUGCAGUACAGGUUCUGCAGAGUGCCCUUUGGAGUGAUAUCGAGUCCUUUCCUCUUAGCGGCAACAAUUCGAUAUCACCUUUCAAAGACUAACAAAAGUCUUCUUCCAGUGAUAGCAGAUAAAUGUUAUGUGGACAAUUUAGUGACAUCAGUUCAAUCAAGAGAAGAGGCUCUCAAUUUGUAUGCUCAAACUACAAACUCAUUCAAAGAAUUAGGAAUGAACAUACGAGAUUGGAUGUCUAAUGACAAAGAUUUUGUAGACAAGAUUCCCGAGCAAAAGAGAGCUAAACAGGAAAGUGAAAUGAAGAUCCUCGGUUUGAUAUGGAAUUUGGAAAAUGAAACCUUAAAGCUCAAACUGAAUAACGAAACCUUUGAGAGCGAGAUCAUAGACAGACGUAUUACAAAGAAAGGAGUCUUGAGAGUGCUAGCACGUCUGUACGAUCCAUGCGGGUUUGUGUCACCACUCAUGCUACCAGGAAAACUCUUGUUCCAGGAGAUCUGUACUAGGAAGUUAAAAUGGGACGAGAUUCUGCCUGAAGACUUGUCAACAUCAUGGAGGAACAUAAUUGAGAAUUUAAUAGAUGUUAAGAACGUAGAACUGCCAAGACAUGUCGCAAGUGGAUCAAAGUCGGAAUGUACGAAGUAUGAGCUACAUUGCUUCACUGACGCAUCUAUGAAUGCAUAUGCAGCAGUUGUUUAUCUGCGCGUCAUAACUGGAAAGCAAGUAUCAACUUCAUUUCUCAUGUCAAAAUCCAGAGUAACCCCAGCAGAAGACAAAAGUGAUCUCAAAAUUCCUAGACUUGAAUUGCUAGGGUAUCUGAUAGGAAGUAGACUUCUGAGGUAUGUUAAAAGCCACAUAGACCUAAAUAUAUGCAAGAUAUAUUUGUGGACGGAUAGUCAAGUUGUCAUAGCUUGGAUCAAAUCUAGUAGAUUACUUCCACCAUUUGUAUCGAGACGAGUCAAUGAGAUCAAGCAAAUUAAGGACAUCUUAGGUGCAGAGCUGCGCUAUGUCAACUCAAAAGAGAACCCUGCAGACAUAGCUACCAGACCAGAAUUGUGGCAUCAGAAACAGGAUCUAUGGUUCCAUGGUCCAGACUUCCUUCUACAAGACCAACGUGAUUGGCCUAAGGAGCAGAAGAAGGAAGAAAUGUGCUUGGCCGGGAGGGCUCUGGACACGGUGGAUGGUCCAGAGAUGACAAUUAAAGGCUAUGAAGAGCAAGAUAGCGAUCUUAACUUUUCUGAAAUGGAGGAUAAUCCUGCAGCCACUGCACUUCAUGAAAGUUUGGAUUCUAUGCAAAACCCAUUAGAUGAAGAGAAGUGUGAAGAGACAGUGACUGAGAUAAAGAAGUUACAAGAAAAAUUCUUUUCGGAGGAAGUUUCGGGAAGGGUAGCCAGUUUGUCGCGAGACUUAGGUCUCUUUGUGGACGAGGAUGGGAUCUUAAGAUGUAGGGGGGGGUUCGCGAAUGCUAAUUUGUCGUAUGAUAGGAGGUAUCCCAUUCUGAUUCCGAAGGGGUCGCCCUUCGCAGCCCGGAUAGUUCUGGGGACGCAUAGAGACGGCUGCCAUGUUGGGGUUCCACACACACUGGGUGUAUUGCGCGAAAGGUGUUGGAUCCCCCAUGGGCGUGCCCAAGUGCGGAGGGCUCUGAAGAGGUGUUCGCGGUGUGAGAGGUGUUCUGGAGGUCCUUAUAGACUGCCACCACCGCCUGCACUGCCCAGUGAAGGAGUUGACUGUGGUUCUCCAUUUACCUUUGCUGGAUUGGACUGUCUGGGUCCGGUAUUGGUGGAAACAGGUACUGGUAGAGAAAAACGAUGGAUUUGUCUUAUGACAUGUUUGGCAGUUCGUGCUGUGCAUUUGGAGUUGGUCGGGGCUUUGACGGCUGAGGAGUGCUUGCUGGCGAUGCGGCGUUUCGUGGCGGCUGGAGGACCACCUAGAAUAUUGAUAUCGGACGGUGCACUACGGUUCGGGCUGACGGGUGAGGUACUGGUCCAUUCAUGCUGCCGGGAGAGGCAUAUCGGGUGGAGGUUCAUCGCGCAGCUUGCGCCCUGGCAAGGCGGCUUUUGCGAGGGAUUAGUUGCACUGGUAAAGCGCUGCUUGAGGCGAGCACUUGACAAGCAUUUAUUGGCGGACGGUCGGAUGCAUGCAGUGGUGAGGGGGAUUGGGGCUGUGUUGAGCACGGGGCCUUUGACUGCAGUGGGUUCCGAUCCGGAGGGAGUCCUGCGACCGGCUGAUUUUCUGUCUCUGGGUCGGUGUCUAGAAAUGGGCCCGGAGCUUGGCGAGGGGACCUCGCAAGGUACCAGUACCGAGGUGGACUUGGUUGAGGGCUGGAAGAGAGGUCGGAGGAUUCUUAACGAAUACAAAGAGAUGUUCGCCAAUCGAUGCCUGCCGGGUCUGCGGGACGGAUUCGCCCACUCUCAUAAACAACCGCGAGUGGUAUCAGGGAGGUCUCCGGAGGUCGGUGACAUUGUACAGAUUAAGAAUGGUUCCAAGAAUAGAAUCGGUUGGAGGGUUGGUAAAAUCUCAAGUUUGGUCCGAGGCCGUGGUGGUGGGUGCCGAGCAGUGUUGGCCGAACGUUAA